UGUUGAUGUCAUAAGCCCCAACGGCAUUUAAACCUUUGAUAGCAUUUUCCGAGAUACGGAAUUCAAUGGAGGUUGAGAGAGUGCAAGCACUAGCCUUCGGCGGCCUCAAUGAACUCCCUGCUCAAUUCAUCCGCCCUGCCCACGAGCGACCAGAGAACAGCAAACCCAUCGAAGGGGUUACUGUGCCGGUCAUCUCCCUCUCACAGCCUCGUGAUGUCCUUGUCAAAGAGGUCUCGGAGGCAUGUAGCCAAUGGGGGUUUCUCUUGGUAACUGACCAUGGGUUAUCUCCUGAAUUGAUCAAACGGCUGCAACAAGUGGGCCAGGAGUUCUUUGCUCUGCCGCAGAAGGAAAAGGAGGCUUAUGCAAAUGAUCCCUCAUCAGGCAAGUUUGAAGGGUAUGGCACAAAAAUGACUAAGAACCUUGAAGAGAAGGUUGAGUGGGUUGACUACUAUUUUCAUCUCAUGUCUCCUCCUUCUAAGGUCAAUCAUGAUAUAUGGCCCAAGCACCCUCCUUCUUACAGGGAAGUCAACGAAGAAUACAGCAAGGAAAUGCUAAGAAUAACAGGUGAGCUGUUGGGGCUCUUGUCUGAGGGGCUAGGUCUGGACAAAAUGGCUCUGGCGACCCCUUUGGGAGAUCAAGAAAUAGAACUGGAAAUGAAAAUAAACAUGUACCCACCAUGCCCUCAACCUCAUCUAGCCCUAGGAGUUGAACCCCACACAGACAUGUCUGCACUCACCUUGCUUGUCCCUAAUGAUGUUCCGGGCCUUCAAGUUUGGAAAGAUGGCAGUUGGAUUGCCGUUGAUUACUUGCCUAAUGCGCUCUUUGUCCAUGUUGGCGACCAAAUUGAGGUUCUGAGCAAUGGGAAAUACAAGAGUGUUCUUCAUAGGAGUGUAGUUAACAAAGACCGCACUCGGAUGUCAUGGGCAGUGUUCUGCGCACCUCCACAUGAGGCUAUGAUCGGACCACUUCCAGGGCUUGUGAACGAGCAAAACCCAGCUAAAUAUUCAACCAAAACAUUUGCCGAGUACCGAUACCGGAAAUUCAACAAGCUCCCUCAGUGACAGUAGUUUCAAUGAAGGUUGUCUUUGAAUAUGCCUUAAAAUAACUACUGUAUUCAUGCAAAGAAUUGUUCUAGGACUUGGCUUAGUUCUAAAUCAAUUCGUGAUGUGUUAUCCCUGGAUUUGCUAAGGGUAAUUUCGAUUGUCAUUCAUCCAAUGUUUCACAAUAAGUUCCAUCCCAUUGUUGCAAUGUA